GCACAUGAAGCAUGGAGCUACGGAACCCACUGAUGUAGAUGCUACAGUUACGCGUCUACAGUUGUGUGUAGUCAGUGCACCUGUUGUUCAACUGUUUUUAACGGUCAUUCCUGGUCAGGCGUUUCGAAGAGUUCGAAGUGUUGGAAGUGUGGAGGAGAUAGUAUUGGUUUGGAAUUGUUUGUGUUUUAUUAAGAAACGUGUAAUUUAAUACUAUUUUUCUAAAAGAAGGAAUUUAAUUAGAUAUAAACUGUAUCAAUUAAAAUGGGGAUGUUGUGUAGUAAAUGUAAGACGCCAAGGAGUAGGGUUACAGAAUACGACAAAGCCCUUCUGCAACGAAAGCAGCAGAGAGAUAAUAUAAAAAAGUAUCAGAAGAAAAUAGAAGAAAAUCUGCAAAACGAUAGACAGCUUGCACGGAAACUUCUGAAAGAUGGACAGAGAGACCAUGCGAAGAUCGUGCUGAGGAGAACAAAAUGGCAAGAGCAAAUUCUUCAAAAGACUGAAUGCCGGCUGAAUACCUUGGAGCGGCUCUUGACAAAUAUGGAACUCUCGCAGAUUAUAUGCAGUUAAGGUUUUGUCGUUCCAAUAAAAGGAACUGAUGUACAUAGGUUACAUGCAGGGAAGGGUCUGCAUUUUAUUUUAGAGUUGUAUAUAUUGUGUUAUUUUUCAUCACCAUAUCUUUUUUUAACUAAGUUUGGUCUAAAGAGAACCCAUAUUUUCUCUCUUUAUGUGAUGUGGAAGUCACUGGGACACAGUAGCACGGUUGAGUCACCGUGCUACAAGCUGGAAAGUCAUGGGAUUUAUCCCGGUGAGGUCAUAGGAUCUUUUAAUUGACCUAGUCCUUCCAGCUGCAUUAUGGCUUUGGUGUCGACCCAGCCCUUUAACAGAAAUGAG